CGAUCGUGCGUCAGCCGCCACAAUUACCACUGUAAAAGUGCUCCUUUCUGUAACUGCUUCGACAUCAUCCGCGGCUAAGAAGAGAAGAAGAAAAGAAUUUGAUCUUUCCUGAUCAGUCAGAAACUCACAAUUAGCCCAAGAUCAUACCCCCGAUCUUUUUCUAGAAAAAGGAGAUGGGAGAGGUCGAUCCAGCCUUCAUACAAGACGUCGAACAUAGGCCCAAGCUCGCCGUCUCACAGGCCGAAGGCAUCCCACUCAUCGACCUCACCGCCCUCGCCGGCUACUCACCCUCUGAUGGGGCGGUUGCUGCUUCUGCCGCCGCCGCCAUCGAAGGGCUUGUGGCAGAGAUAGGGGAGGCUUGCAAGAAGUGGGGAUUCUUCACGGUGGUGAACCAUGGUGUGGCGGCGGAGAAGAGGGAGAGGAUAGAGCGGGAGGCGAGGGAGUUCUUCGGACAGGAUUUGGAGGAGAAGAAGAAGGUGAGGAAGGACGAGAGGAAGGUGAUGGGGUACUACGAGAUGGAGCACACCAAGAACGUGAGGGACUGGAGGGAGGUCUUUGACAUAACCGUGCAAGAGCCGACGCUCGUCCCAGCCUCGCUCAAGGACGGCGAAGAGGCCGUCAUCGAGUGGACCAAUCAGUGGCCUGAGUACCCUCCUGGAUUGAGGGAAGCAUGCGAAGAGUACACACAAGAAAUGGAGAAACUCGCGUACAAGCUGAUGGGAUUGAUAGCUCAGAGCCUGGGCUUGCCCGCGAACAGGUUUGGCGAAUUCUUCAAGGACCAGACUAGCUACCUCCGGCUAGUCCGCUAUCCGCCCUGCCCCGCGCCACACCUUGCUCUCGGACUGGGCCGCCACAACGACUUGGGAGCACUCGCGAUCCUGGCUCAAGACGACGUUGGAGGCCUUGAGGUGAAGAGGAAGAGUGAUGGGGAGUGGGUACUAGUCAAGCCCAUCCCUGAUGCCUUCAUUAUCAAUGUUGGUUGCGUUAUGCAGGUUUGGAGCAACGACAUGUACGAGAGUGUCGAGCACAGAGUGAUGGUGAACACAGAGAAGGAGAGGUUCUCGAUUCCGUUCUUCUUCAACCCAUCACACUAUACCAUGGUGCAGCCACUGAAGGAAUUGACUGAUGAGCACAACCCUCCAAAGUACAGACCAUACAGUUGGGGCAGGUUUUAUGUCAUUCGAAAAGGAGGCAAUUUCAAGAAGCUUGAUGUGGAGAACAUCCAAAUUCACCAUUUUAGGAUAUGAGAUUCAUCAGUAGAAUCUCAAAAUAACUGUUGAGAAAUAAUGAGUUAUUUACCGUUGUUGUAGCUGAAGCUUUUCAAUUAGCUUUGGUAACUUGAAACUUUUUCCCUAGAAUGUAAGGAACGUGACUGUUGAUUGUGAAUAUCGUGUGUUUGCCUGAGUAAAUAAUGGAACUGAGCACGGUGGUUUCAAUAAAGUGCCUGUAUUGUUCCUUUUCUGUUGUAA